AUGUUUCGACAGGUGGUCCAAGUCCAGCCGGAGAGCAGGGUUCAGGAGGCAGGUCAAUGGAGUACUGGCCUGUGUGGAUGCUAUCAAGACAUGGGAGACUGCUGCUUUGCCCUGUGCUGCCUCCCAGUGUUCACCUGUAAGGUGACCAGUGCAGUGGGUGCAUGUCCCUGCCUGCCUCUGCUGGACUGUAUCGGCUGUGUACCUGCGGCCUCUCUCGCCAUGAGGGCGUCUGUCAGGGAACGAUACGGCAUCCAGGGGAGUGUGUGGAGUGACUGCCUGUAUGGAUGCUGCUGCUAUCCGCUAUCUUGGCUCCAGAUCUCCAGGGAGCUGAAGAGAAGAGCGGCCUCCCACGCCUCCUCCUCGGCCAGAUACACUCCUCUGACCUCCCUGCAGGGGGCGCACUUGGUCUAG